UAUGGAGCCUCUUGGUUGGGAUGCCGGCUGUAAAUGAGAGCUAUCAUAUGCGCUCUUUUACGAUGGAGAACCAUUUUCAUGACGACAGUAUUAAUCUGAGUGGUUUUUCUCAGUCUGUUGUGAAAUUAAGUUACCUAAACAACAGCGAGAUCGAUUUUAAUAAUUCAGAUAGCGAUCGGUCGCUCCACUUACCACCGAUUGUAAAUCCUCCAGUUAUUCCUCCAGUUAUUCCUGUAAAAUCCGAAAUAUCCAUCGUCUGUAUGAAGUGCGAAGAAGAAAUUAAAGUCCGCCAACUAAAAGAACAUCAAGAAUUUCACAACGCUUUGGAAAUGUUCCGAUUCAACAUGGAACGAAAACCUUCGAGUGUCAAACAAUUAGUCAAACGACGGCGAGCAAUUAUGCGUCGACUCAACGAGACAGCUAACUCUGAAAAUCCAGUUUCCAUGAGGAAACUCCAGAAAUUGAACCAGGCUUAUGAGCUCCUCAAGGCUGAUAUCGAAGGAACAAAAACAGCUCUUCGAAACGAGGACGAUCUUUUCCAAAUCCAGCCUAGAACUGAAGGUUGGGGAACAGUCCUCAACUGUGCGCCAGCGUUCGGCAUUUGUCAACAUGCGAAUUCGCGAUGGAAAACGUCGAUGGAAGAUCGUUUCGCGUUUAAGGAUCUUUUCUGUAACGAUCCUCAGAGCGGGUUCUUUGCUGUUUAUGAUGGUUAUUCGGGAAGUAUGGCUGCUGAAAAAUGCGCGCGUUAUUUGGGUGAAAUCCUUGAGGAGAAAGUCGAAAGAAUUUACAACACAAGCAUGAAACACAAAAACGUCGACGCGGAAAUCUCGGCCGCUUUUAACGAUGCAUACGAGGAGAUGGACAAAAUUUUGCUAUACGGUGUAGAAGAACAAUCAAGAAAUCGCUGGAGUGGUUGUUCUGCUCUGACUUGCUUGCUGAGGGGAAAUAAUUUGUAUGUGGCCAAUGCCGGGAACAUCCGAGCGGUUUUGUGCAGGGGGGAUGGCUCGAUAGAACGCUUAUCCAACGAUCACAGUCCCUGGGAUAAAAAAGAGCGUCAUCGCAUAAGGAAAGCUAAAGGAGACGUAACUAAAAGCGAUAAAACAGCCUUGGUUAAUGGUGUGGUUAGAAGCACCCGAGGUCUCGGAAAUCAUGGAGAUCCCAUUCUGAAAACUAGCGUGAUUAGAACACCAGUGGUCAAUUGCCUUACUUUGGAGGACACCGACCAGUUUCUUAUUCUUGCGUCAGAUGGGGUUUGGCAAGUUUUCAGUGAGGAAGAGGUCAUUCUUCUUAUGGAGGAUCUUAUACCAGAUAUUGAUGUAAGGGCCAUUGUAAAGAGAAUGCAAGAGAGAGCUUCUGCACUUGAGGUGGGACUGCCUGUCCCAAAGUGGAAUGAAAUUCCCAGACGUAACAAGGGCGCAGCAGAUACUGAGGGAGACAGUGACAUGUCACUGAUACAGACUACUGAUCAAAGUUCACUAGAAAACAUAGCAAGUGACGAAGAAAAUGAUAAUUCCAUAGAGAGAUUCCAAAAAAUGGACAUAGAAAUGGAUGAAAAUAAAAAUGCGACAAAUUCUACUGAGUUACUGCCUUCCCCCUCUGCCAGAUCACGAACUGCAAAGGUCUUGCGAGAAGAAAAGGCUUCGGCGCUUGCCAAGGCCCUGAGUGAACGGCUGGUGGAAGGUUCUAUCCUGGCUGGUAGCCAUGACAAUAUCACUGUUGCAGUUGUUCUUUUGAGUGGAUGUCCGCUUCAGAUGUUUCUUUUGCCAUCACUGUGAUUAAUACAUUCGAAAUUCUCAUAGGGUCAUCUCAAACUUCAUCAUACAAAUUCUGAUACAGGUCUCUUAAGUUGGAUCUAGAAUUUGGUGUUGCACUUGGAGAUAAUUCCAACAUUUUGCUUUUGUGUCAAAAUGAAACGAGUCAACUUGAAUUUUCCAAAUUUCGUCUGUCAUGGGUACUUUCAAAGUAUGAUUUUUUAUUUAUUUCUUCUAAAUGCCAAUUUACAAUAUAUGAUUUUGAUUGGGAAACAACAAAGCUAGCUACCUAAGGCGUAUAACCUCUACUCAAAAUAUUAUUGCUUUACAGAGUUUGAAAUAAAGACAUGAUUCAUGCA